GCUUUUUAUUCUAGGGGUAAAUCCUAACACAUUGCGGGGUGGCUCCGGCGUGACACGAAACCCACAAACAUCAUCAAUCAAGUGAUCUGACGGUCCACGACAUCUUCAGCCUUGACAAGGAUGCCUCCGCAACACCUCUCCUCCUCAGUCCCCUUUCUUACCGAAGCCGGGUUAGAGACAACAAUCUACUACAAACACAAAAUUAAUCUUCCCUGUUUCUCUGGUACCCCGCUGCUGACAUCCUCAUCAGGCCAACAACUGAUUACUUCCCUUUACAAGGCUUACGCCAAUAUCGCUGCUGCACAUGGCAUGGGAAUCAUCCUUGAUACGCGGACUUGGCGGGCGUCUUCUGCGUGGGCUGAGCCGUUGAAGUUUACAGAGGCCGAGUUGCUGGACCUAAACCGCUCGGCGGUGAGACUUCUCAAGGAGGUGCGACGUGAUUUGGAAAAGGAAAAUCCAAACAUUCGCAUUGUACUUGAUGGUGUCCUAGGUCCAUUAAGAGAUGCAUAUGAAACUUAUUCUUCGGAUGAAAUAUCGGUAGUGGCUGCGAAAGACAUGUAUCGCGAUCAGAUUUCUGCUCUAGUUGACGAGGGGGUAGAGCUUCUAUCUCUCAUGACGGUGACGAAUCUAAAUGAAGCAAUUGCUAUAGUGGAACUAGCAAAGGAAAAAAGCAUCCCAGUCGCGGUUUCAUUCAGUCUAGAGUCAGAUGGGAAGCUGCUAGGUGGACGAUCCUUGGAAAAUGCUAUUCAAUCUGUGGAUACGGCGACUAACGGGUAUACCGCAUAUUUUGGUAUCAACUGCGUGCACCCAGUGAGAAUACUGCAGCCUUUGCAAAAUAUGCCGUCUCACCUGCGACAGCGAAUUGGUUUAUUUCGAGGUAACGCUAGUCUUAAGAGCCACGAGGAGCUAGACAAUAGCGAUACUUUAGACCGUGGGGACAUUCCUACGUUUGUGGAUGCAAUGAAGCAAGUAUUAGAGCUGUUACCAGCUGUCAAGGCAGUUGGUGGAUGCUGUGGUACAGACGAGGAACACCUCAAUGCUAUUGCCGGACUAUUCACUUAGCUUUGGUGUUUAUGUAAGGACUAAGUGUGGGAUUGCUAAGUUAAUUUAAACCUCGGAUAAUAGAAAACAAAAACAAUGAAAUGACAGCAACAACAGGUCAAAGGAGAAAUUGCAAAUUGAAAGAAGAAAUAAAAUCUAUUCAUUUACCG